UCGCUUAGUUCCUUUUCUGUGUGACGUCACAGGAAGCCGCUGUCCCACGUGCGCAAACACACAGACGAAACGGUCCGGCCAGUGGUCGCUAAAAGAAAAACAAGCAAGACUUUUGACAGGUUUUUAGGGUGAAACAUGGCGGCUGCCACCAAAAGGAGCGCACCCCCGCUCGACUCGGACGUCCCCGCGGAGGAGUCACGGGCGCGCCUGAGGAACGUCAAGCGUUUAGCGGCCUUGAGUGAGCAAGAGCCCGCCGUGCAACAGCUGGAGGAGUUCGUGUUUGGCCACGUGCACGUGACUCUGCAGGAGGAAAACGUAGAGGCGCUGCCACAGGUAGAAGAAGAAGAAGAAGUUUUGCUUCAAUCAGACGAUGAGGCAGAAGCACGUUUACGUCCUCCGCCAAUCAAGAAAGCUGCUUGGACUGAUGAAGAUGAUGACCUGGAAGAAGAGGUGGACAUGAAGCAUCCUUUUCGAAGUUACCUGAUGCGAGGGGAAGCCGAGAGCAGCAUGAGCAAGGAAAAACUCCGAAGCAGAAUGAAAGACCAGUUCGAGAAGGCCAUGGGCGGAGUUCCGGCCUGGGCUGUCAGUGGUGGGAGGAAAGUUACCAAAGAUGAUGAUGAUGAUGACGACGAUGAGGAGGAAGCCGAUGACCUGCUGAGGAGAACGGGAAACUUGGUGGCGUCUUCGGACGAAUUGUCUAGCGGCAUCCUCAGGAUGAAGAGGUGUCUCCACGCCAACGCAGCGCGCCCGUCUUCCGACAGCCUGACGUCGGUCCAGUUCCACCCGACGGCGCAGGUGGUCUUGACGGCCGGUUUGGACUGCUCGCUGUCGCUCUUCCAGGUGGACGGCAAGACCAACAGCAAGAUCCAAAGCGUCCACCUGGACCGCUUCCCCGUCCACAAAGCUCGCUUCAGCCGCCAAGGCGACGCCGUCAUCGCCACCAGCCUGAAGAACAAAAUGUUCUACAUGUAUGACAUGAUGGAGGGAUGCGUCACGCCUGUGCAACACGUAAGAGGUUUGCAAGAGGCCCGAGUGAAGGACUUCUGCGUGUGUCCCGAGGGGGGCGCUCUGCUGCUGACGGGAAGUCGGGGAUACCUGCACAAGCUCACGCUCAAGACCAAAGAAGUGGUGAGCAGCAUGAAGAUGAACAGCGAGGUGACAGACGUGGCUCUGAGCGCCGACGGCAGCAAAGUGUUCGCUCACUCAGAGGACGGUGAGGUGUACAUAUGGGACGCGCGGAGCAGUCGCUGCCUCAGCAAGUUUUCAGACGACGGCUGCGUGGCUGGCACGGCCAUUGCCGUGUCACCCGACGGACGCUACGUGGCGUGCGGUUCCCGGGCAGGUGUGGUCAACCUGUACCGUCAGGAGGCGUGUCUUAACUCGGCCAAUCCCCAGCCCCUGAAAGCCAUCAUGAACCUGCUGACCCCCGCCACAGCUCUCACCUUUAACCCCAGCUCAGAGAUUCUAGCCAUCGCAUCGCGACACCAGGACGAGGCUGUCAAACUUGUUCACCUUGCCAGCACCAGCGUCUUCUCGAACUUUCCGAUUUCUAAGAGGAAGGUGGUGUACCGGACUUCCUGUAUGGACUUCUCCCCUCAUGGCGGCUUUUUCUCAUUGGCCAACAACAAAGGACAUGCCCCUCUCUUCAGGCUGCUGCACUACAAGAGUUUCUGAGGACCAAGAAGACCAAGAAAUAUAACCAUCAAAUAAACCUUUUUUGUCAUUUUCAUUGGCCUCCCUGUUGUUUCAUUCAGCUAAGCUUAGCACAACAAAUGGCAAUGUAUGUAUACAGCAUAUACUUCGAUCAGGACAGUUAUAUAUAAUAUUCACAUCUCAACCCUAGUUUAUGUCAUUGGCUGCCAUUGACGGCAUGAGAUGUCCAAUCGACUUUGACUGGGAGGGCGCCAAUGGAUUGGGCGUCUUGCGUCGUCAGUGGCUUUGAAAGAUGAGCAGUCACAGCCAGUCCUCCCAGUCUAAAUAAAUUGGAUUUCUGUUGUUGUCAAUGGUGGGGAAAGAGUUAAUAUUAAAUAUUGUUUUAUAAAUUUUUAAUAGCAAAAAGGGUAUGUUAUUCUUUAUCAUCUUCAGAAUGUUAUUGGGGGCCAUAACCAUAGUGUUUUUUUUUUUUUAUCAUUUAAUUUUGUUUGAACAUUUAACUGUUUUAUUCAUAAGAAAAUAUGGGAGGGGGGAAAACAAUUUAAAAAUGAUAUAAUCACAAUUAAGACCUGGCGUUCAGAUACAUGAACAUCACAUUUUGGGUCACGUAGGCCACACUUGUACUCUACUAAUGUUAAUAUUGUGGACUACACCACCAAAAAGGUAUUGUC